AUUCUUCACAAUCUUAAUCUUCGGAUUAGAUCACAUUUUGGAACCUAAUUACAAUGCAUCCGACGACUUAUUUUUUUCUCGCUUAUUCCCUGAUUUUCGCAGUUUCUGAGGCACAAGAAGAUUGCAGCCUUACUGACGAAGCGGUCAAAGUGAUGAAGGAUGCCUUUAAGAUUUUUUUUCCAGACAAACCAUUUCUAACGUGCCUCCUGGAUGGACCGUGUGAUCCAAAGAAAUUCAAGUUACCCCAGGCCCCUACGUGUGGAAUUGUUGUUAGGGAUGGUCCUCUUUUGAAAAACUUAAACAUAACACAAUUGGACAGGUUUCUGGAAAAUUUUAUAUAUUCCGCAGGAGGAGACGCGGAGGAGAUCUGCUCGAAUCUCUGGCCUGGAGGGGACAAACUACUCGCAAUGAGUAAAAAGUACCUGGAAGGGUCCCUGAUAAACAACCUAUGCCCACAAGGCAAUGCUAAACACCCAACGGGUUGCAAAGACGUUGAGCAGGUAUCCAAAGAAAUCGAAGAUUUUAUUCGGGAAGACGUGGGUGCCCCGUUUACGGAUUUGAGUAAAUUUAUCAGGAAUACAGUCAACGGAAGUUUUAAAACAGUCAAGAGCAAAGGCUCUAAAUUACUCGUUGGAGGAGCGAUUGGUCAACGAAUCAAAUCAUUGUUUGGAGGAGGGGAUCUGGGCAGAAAUGUUGCGAAAUGUAUUAAUGAAAUUAUUACAAUUACUACAAAAGGAGGCAAAUUAUUUGUAUGCAAACUUGGUAAAUGUGAUUAAUUGACGUCCAAUUCUUUGUACUUUUGGUACAAGCUGAACUGCAUAACUAAUUGGUAGCCGAAUUUGUGAAAUAAUAAAAACUUAAACAGUUUAAGUUCAGGAAACUUGAUACAUUCCAAAAAUAAAUAAAAAUUUAAUGCUCAAA